AUGAAUACUAGGGUGGAAGAUCACCACUUGUAUUCGAUGAAUUACAUGCACUGGGGUGCACCAAAACUGUGGUACGGUGUUGCGGGGAAGGAUGCUGUUAAACUAGAGGAGGCGAUGAGAAAGCAUUUGCCUGACCUUUUUGAAGAACAGCCUGAUUUGCUUCAUAAGCUAGUUACACAACUCUCCCCAUCAAAACUGAAAACCGCAGGAGUACCUGUGCACCGCUGCGUCCAGCAUGCUGGAGAGUUUGUCUUGACUUUCCCUCGGGCAUAUCAUGCUGGAUUCAACUAUGGUUUCAACUGUGCUGAAGCUGUGAAUGUAGCUAUUAGUGUUUCAGAGGUGAACAGAAAGGAAGUUUCUUCCUACGUCAUUCAUGGAGUCGCACAAGAUGACAAAGGAGAGAGAGAGAGUUUUAAGGAAUAUUUCUGUUAUUUAAUAAAGUGUGAGCUAUACACACUAAAUACAUGUUUGAUAGCUUAUCCGGAACAAACCGGUUAA